UAGGGUUACUGCUUCACCUCGGAAGUACUAAGCCAUUCAUUUAUCCCCAGACAAACAAACUAUGCUCAGCUGCUUAGGCUUGCAGUUCUAGGAUUCACUGAUGCGCUAAUUCAUCAGUUUUCUCUUUCUCUUUUAUCACCAGGUCCUUUAACUCCAAGAUUCGCUGAUGUUGUUUCUCUUGUUCUGCCACAUGCAGUCUCUACAUCUCUAGUUUUGCAAUUCCAUCACUCUAACCCAUCUUUCUGCUUUUUCUGUUCCUACGUUCCUUUCCCAAAAUAAGCAAACAGAAAGUAACAAACUGGUAACUUUCUCUUUGACUGUUCUCAGCCAGCACACUUAAAGUCUCACUUAAAAUCUCUACACCACCGUAUGAAGAGCAAAUCUCACUCAGAUCAACAAGCUGUGCAUUUCACCCUGCUCGCUGUGCCACUGUGAUGGGGUACCUGGGGUGCAACCAGGACUGUGGGAGCACUGAGCCCUCUGUCCCACCAACCUGGGAUAUCCCUCUCACACUGUGAUGUUGCUGUCAAAUUACAAUCCUCUGACAGGCACUGCACUUGCACAGACAUCCACAGGCAGGGAUACACCCAACUGAGUUACAUGAAUGAUCUCCCAGCCACUCAUGAACCAUCAAUAGGGAGACUCCAGCUAGUUCCCCCCAACUCCUCAGCCUUGCAUCCCAGAACUAUACAGAAGCCUGACCCGUGUACGUUCACCACUCCCUCAGUAUGGAGACGACAACGCACCAGCCUUUGUCAACUGAGCUGAGAUUUCCCAAGCACUUGAACCAAAACACACUGUUUUAGGGGAAGACUAGCUGCUAGAAAAGCGGAAAUCAUUUUGAAGAAAUGAACAGCUGAAAUGAAAACCAAAUGAUUUCAUAAGAAACAUCUUGUGAGAACACACUGUUGCAACUAAUGGAAGCCACUUCGAAAAGGUCCAGUCAUCUGUGCCAUGAAAAUGGUGACUGGAUGUCACACCUGCCAGAAAAUCUCUGGGAUGUUCCUCUCCAUAAUUUAUCCCUUCCAGGGAGCCAUGACACUAUGACUUACUGUUUGGAUAAAAACUCUGAUAUAAGUGUCAAUGAAUCAAAGCUGUUGCAGGUGAUAGAUAAAUGUAUGCCCUGCAUCAUACAUCCUAUUAUUAUGAAGUGGUCUAUAACACAGGUACUAAAUGUGUCAAAACAACUGGAUGCCGGGAUUAGAUAUUUGGAUUUUAGGAUUGCUCACAAGCCUGAUGACUCUUCUAUGAAUUUGUACUUUGUGCACAUGGUAUACACAACGGCUGUAGUAGAGGAUAUUCUGCGGGAAAUUUUAAAGUGGUUGCAGGCCCAUCCUCAGGAGGUCGUUAUCCUUGCCUGCAGGAAUUUUGAUGGAUUGACCAAGGAACUUCAUCAUCAUCUUAUCUCCUGCAUAAAAAAGAUUUUUCAAUCUAAACUGUGUCCAAAAGAUGUGGUUCCAACGCUACGGAACAUGUGGACAUAUCGGUACCAGGUUAUCAUCUCCUAUGAGGAUGUGACUGAAGUGAUGAAUCACCGUGAACUAUGGCCUGCAAUUCCAUAUUGGUGGGGAAACAAGACUGCAGCCCGAGAUCUUAUCCAGUAUCUGGAACGUAUGAAAAAGAAUGGGCGCCCAGACUGUUUCUUUGUUGCAGGGAUUAACCUUACUUCAGACUUAAAGUACAUUCUGGCACAUCCAUUUGGAUCCUUGAAGAAAAUGGCCCUUCCUAGCCUUCCAUACUUGAAACUCUGGAUAAAGCAACAGUAUCCAGGACCAAAGAGGGACUGUAUCAACAUCAUUGCUGGAGACUUCAUAGGAAAUUAUGAUUUUGUAAAUGACGUGAUAGAACUUAACAAGAAAAUCAUCCCUCCAUUACAUUAUCAUGGUAAUGAGACUGGAUUAAAGCAUGUUUCAUGACUUUCAGCUUCAUAACUUGGUAUGAUUGAAUAGCUUUUGAUCAGUUCUCACAGGGAAGGCAAUUUUCCUGGUUCAGAUACAUCACGUGUGUAUAUAAAUGACAUUUCUUCCUCCCAGGGAUGUUGUGAAGAUUCAUUGGUUGACGCUGUCGUACCAAAAUCAGACUUUAAAAUACACAAUGCUUACGGCAAGCAAAACUUCCUAUAACUAGGGGAGGGAGAAGAGCAAGAAGGCUUCUCCUUAAGUUUUCUAGAGCCCUUGCCACGUAGGUGCAAUUUAGCUGGGAAGAGCAUAAAUAUUGCAGUAACUGGUGUUGGAGAAUAUCCUAAGAACCUUAC